GAUUUUACAUAUGUAGGUACAUAUGUACAUACAUACAAUGGAGUAUCUGUCAAACAAUAUAUUGUUUAUAUUGACUUGGAGUUUCGCGAUUUCAUCGACUACUGCACAUUACUGCGUAUGGGGUUUGUGUGAAUCAUCAGAAUAUUGCUGUGACGAAAAUGUAUGCUGCAGUUACAAUGACUAUGACAUAUGGAUUACCAUGAUAAUCAUAGCUGGAGUUGUAAUUGGAAUGAUACUGGCUGGUACAUGUCUCUACUACAAUUUAUGUCGCAUCUAUCUUUAUCUACAACGUAGAUACUAUGGCAAUUCUGUGUCAAUGCCAUCAGAAUUUGAUUCUGAUGGAAAAUCAAUAAAAAUAUCAUUUCACGAGUAA